ACAUAAAAAUCAUUAAAAUGGACAGCAAAAGUCUAAUGGACUUGAAUUUCGAAUGCUAUGUUGCCAUAUUUUCGCAUUUGAGCCUAUUGGAUCAACUCAACUUGAAGAGAGCUUUUCCAGAAAUACUACAGGAGGUAUUCGUGUAUAUAGCCAACAACUGCUAUGCCGAGAUUCAUCAUUGCAUGCUGCCAACAUUUUGGGAUUGGCGUGAAUUCUUGAGUGCGGCUGGAGCAAACGUUAAGAAAUGCAAAUUGCUCGAUAUAAAGCAGUCUCAAGUUACAGUGCCCAAAAGCAUUUUUUUGGUCUUACUUAUUUUCUAUUGCAAAAAUAUUGAAAAGCUUGAGGUUGUCUUUUCGGAUGCAGCUAUAUGCCCUAUUGAUUUACUGGCAAAGUUACCAAAACUCAAGAUACUGUCGCUGGCGAAUGUUGAUCAAGCUCAUUUAAAUGAUCUAGGGCAGCUACAACAGGUGGAGCUCAUAACCAUUGCAGUAAACACGAAUAACAAAUAUUUCUUAGAUGUGAAUUAUUAUCAAGCGAUGCCUAAUUUAAAAUUUAUAUGUUUUACUGAGUUUAAAUUAUAGUUUAUUUCAU